AUGUCGUCUGCCCUGCGGCAGACUGCUUCUUCACAAUCUUUUAGAGUGUCAAUCCGGCACUUUUCCCAGACAGCUACAAGAGAUGCGUCGUGGGGAUUUAUUGGGCUGGGAGCCAUGGGAUAUCCCAUGGCGAAAAACCUCCGAGCCAAAAUCCCUGAGGGCGACGUGCUGACGAUCUUCGACCUUAACAAAGCGUCGCUCGAGCAGUUCACCCAAGAAGCCACACCUUCAGGGGUGGUUGUUGCUAAGAGUCCAAGAGAAGUGGCUGAGAAAUCUGAUAAUAUCAUCUCAGCUCUCCCUGAGCCACGUCACGUCAAGGGAGUUUUCGAGGAGAUCCUGGCUUCUCCGCUGCCCAAGCCUCCUUCAGAGUCGUCCAGGCUCUUCAUCGACUGCUCAACCAUCGACCCCACAACAUCGCGAGAAGUCGCAAAACUGGUCAAAGAGAAAGCAGGUGCUGGCUUCGUUGACGCGCCAAUGUCCGGUGGGGUGGUCGGCGCUCGUGCCGGAACCUUGACAUUCAUGGUGGGCGCCGAAAAGGAAGAUAUGCCUAAGAUCCAAGAGAUCCUGCUGUUGAUGGGCAAGAAAGUCUGGCACAUGGGUCCCCAGGGCACAGGACUGAGCGGCAAGCUGGCCAACAACUACGCAUUAGCGAUCAACAACAUUGCUUGCGCAGAGGCCAUGAACUUGGGCAUGAGAUGGGGAAUCGAGGGGAAAGCUCUGGCAGAUCUUCUCAACUCGGCGACGGGCAAAAGCUGGCCCAGCGAGAUCAAUAACCCUGUCCCUGGCGUUCUCGAAAGCAGUCCAGCAAGCAGAAGAUACGAGGGAGGCUUCGGAGUAAGUUUGAUGAACAAAGAUCUGAGGCUUGCCAUGACGGCCGCACAAGAGGCGGGCGCAAAGCUCGUUCUUGCGGACAAGGCCAAGGAAGUGUACGACUCGACCGAGAAGGAGCACAAGGGCAAAGAUUUUUCGGUCGUGUACCGGUGGUUGGGCGGCAAGGUGUAG